UUUGUCUAAUUCGUUAAUUUUCAAUUGAAUUUACUGAAUUAUUAGUCGUAUCAAUAAAAAAAACACAUGUUUUGAACGAAGCAUAAUGAAUAGAACCGAAAUAUUCUUGUCGUUUUUCGAUUUUCUCUUCGGAUUCACCAUAGCAGAAUUGAAAUGCAGGGAAUAUUUAGCAAGAACCAAAUUCUUAAGUAGAACGUUUGCUGUACCUCUUCCUCUUAUAAUUUAUGGAGAUAAAACGAUAGAUGGUGAAUUCCCUCAUAUGGCUCACAUAGGGUACAAGAAGAAUGGAUCUAAGGAAAUCAAAUGGGCAUGUGGUGGUAGUUUGAUUUCAGAACUUUUCAUUUUAACGGCAGCUCACUGUACAGAUGCAUCGGAGUUUGGUAUGCCCAGGAUAAUACGAUUAGGAACUAACAAUGUCAAAUCUCGGGAUAAUGUUCAAAGAAGGUCAAUUGUGCAAAUCAUACCUCAUCCCAAAAGAAAAGGAUAUUACCAUGACAUUGCUCUCCUUCGGUUGAAUCGUCCAGUAAUAUUCAGUUACUACAUAAGACCUGCGUGUCUUAACACUUGUAAGGAAUGUCAGUUCACAGAAGCAAUAGCAACAGGCUUUGGAAUAGAAGAAUUUACAUCGGUAAAUAUGAGUGACCAUCUGAUGAAGACAAACUUGAAAAUAUACUCGAAUAAAAAUUGCUCAAAAAUCUAUGCACAAACGAUAAAAGAAAUUUUACCAUUGGGAGUUAGAUCAUCUCAAAUCUGUGCUGGGAGCAAUCAAGGAAACGAUACAUGCCACGGAGACUCUGGAGGCCCUUUGCAAAUAAAAUUAGCCCAGGAUUUUAAUAUUUAUCGAAUAAUUGGUAUUACUUCCUUCGGACUUUUCUGUGGACAACCGAAUACGCCAUCGUUUUACACAAGAAUUUCUCGAUAUGUGGACUGGAUUGAGAAAGUUGUUUGGAAGAGAAAACUCUUUAGUAUCAUAUCUUAAUUUUAAUAUCUAUUCUUACGCUUCUUUUCGCACGAUUUUCGUGAAAUACAGACAUUUAUUUUG